AUACCACCUGGUUAUUACUACUAUGGUGCCUCAGCUGGACGUGAAUGGUUCAUCGACCCAACUAAUAAAUUCAAAGAUACGAGCAUACCGGAGAAGCACCUUGCUAUGUUGGAUGAUGUUUUUGAACAAGUCUCACAUCUGUUAGAGCGACAAGAAUAUCGAGUAUUCACAUGGGUAGGCUCAGGUCUCCAGAAGCACUACGGUCAUUUGACAAUAGCUCAUCAGGAUAUCUAUAACUCAGUGAGCCAAACCUUAAGCGAUCAAAUCUUCGAAGAAAUCAACCGAAUCGUAAUUUUGGUGGAUCCAGAAGGAUCAGUUUUGGAUGUGAUUAGAUCGAAUUUGGAUAUUAAAGUUAUGUUGAAGGAUAAAGGAGCUGGACAGUAUUUCAAUAAAGGUCAUGGAAUAAAAAUGCUUUGUGAAAAGAUGAAAUGUGAUUUAAAGGAAGGAAACAUUUUGGUUUGUGGUGACUCUGCCACGGAUUUACCCAUGCUAGAAGAAUGCCUAAGGCAAAAUCCCUCUGGUGUCUAUACCAUUUGGGUUACAUCAAAUCCAAAUUUGCAGAAGCAGGUUCGAGAUCUCUGCGGAUCGCACAACAACAAGAACAUUGCAUUUGUCAGUUGCCCCGAAGUGCUGCUUGGAGCAAUGGCUGAAGCGACUAUUCGAGAAAUCAGCAUAGCUCGACCGAGAGGAGAGUAG